GUUGACGGCAGUUGGAUGGUUGGAGGGAAGGCCUAAAAAAAGUGAUGGGGCGAUGAUUUCUGAUAAUCCCAUCCCUCGUUUUCAUCGAACUCUCUUAAACGAGAAAGAAGAUCCCAUCUAUCCUUUUUAGAAGUUUCCACCCCCGUCCCUUCUCACCACACCUCGAUUUCAUCGCCCUCUCCUCCUACAAAACCCUCUCUUUCUCUCUCUCCCUCUUUCUCAUUUCUUCUCUCGAAGUCGUCGGAUUUCUUUCUGUUCUACCUCUGAUCCCGUGCAGAUUCCACGGUUUUUCUGCAUUUUUUAGCUCUUCUUUCUUGAUUUUCUCUCGAUUCGAAUACCUUCCAUUCGGCAUUUUCUGUCUUUUCUCGUGUCAAGUCCACUGCAUUUUCUUGUUUAUCUGAUUUUCAACUAGAAUUUUUAGUUUUUUUUUUUUUUUUUUUAGUUGCCGGGAGUUUUCUCGGGCUAGGGCUAUUUCUCUGUUUUGACAAAUCAAAGCCUUUCAGAUCCUCUACGUUUGCUUUCUUUUUCCUAUUUUUCUUGAAUAUCUGCAUUUUUUUUUUCUUUUUUGGAUUCUUUUUGGAGAUCUGGACGUUUCUUUUCUUAAUCCAUGGCUUCAUUCUCAGUUCCAUGCCCUAAAUCCUCCGCCAUUGCCUCUUCCUUCUUGCGAGAGCUGAAUCCACUGCAGCAGCAGCAGCAGUCAAAGGUUUCAUUUUUUCCACAUUCAAAGGCAGGGCCUACGUUGGUAGCUGGAUCUUCACUAGAUCAGUCACCCGUUACAAGGUUCCAGGGUCCUUAUAGAAAUCAGUCAACUGUUUGCAAGGCCCAGGUUAAUGAAGUUGCUGUGGAGAAAUCAUCGAAUUCCACCUCAAUCCCCCAAAUCAAGUUGGAAGUCCUGUCAUCUGACAGUAAAGAUGUUGAGCCAGCAACUGAACCCAGUCUUUCUGAUGCCUCCAUCUCUGCAUUCAUGACUGAAGUGGCAAGCCUGGUUAAGCUAGUGGAUUCAAGGGAUAUUAUGGAGCUGCAGCUGAAACAACAGGGUUGUGAGCUUAUAAUAAGGAAGAGAGAAGCUUUGCCACAGCCAGCAGCCACGGCGCCCUUUGUUAUGAUGCAUCACUCUUCACCACAAGCCAUGCUUCCUUCUCAGCUGCCACCAGUUCAUGCCCCACCUUCUCCUCCAGGUCCUGCUCCUUCAGCUCCAGCACUCCCUGCUCCAGCAAAAUCGAGCAAGUCAUCCCAUCCACCUCUAAAAUGCCCUAUGGCUGGAACAUUUUAUCGGUGUCCUGCACCUGGGGAGCCACCAUUUGUCAAGGUUGGAGACAAAGUCCAGAAAGGCCAGGUCCUUUGCAUCAUUGAGGCCAUGAAACUGAUGAAUGAGAUUGAAGCUGAUCAAUCCGGAACAAUUGUUGAGGUACUUGCUGAGGAUGGGAAACCAGUUAGCAUAGACAUGCCUCUAUUUGUCAUCGAGCCAUGAAGAAGAGAUGGAACCUUUGCUGCAAGUUGAUAGUCAGAUGUUUAGUGCUUCCUUUUCAUGUGGUUAGUGAGGGGUUACUGUUUUGUUUAUUUCAAUUGAGUACCAUGUUUUAAAAUUUUCAUGUGGUUAAUGGGGUUACCCCUGGUCAUUUUAAUUAAGUUUCAUGUUAAAUUUC